AUGCCUAAAAGAGGUCGUGUAAGUACGAAAUUUAGAGCCAAAGUCAACACUCUCAUGCGACAAGCUGCUAAUGCUGGUGAUCAUGAAAAAUAUCAAAAGAAAAUAGACUGCUAUGAUAAAAUUUUAACAAUGAUCGAUGAAGAUACAAGUCGUGAUCCUAGCCUUGCCGACUUACUUUGCCAGAUAUAUCAGAAUAUGGCUAUCGUCUACCAAGAUGGUCAAGACUAUUCACAAGCUUUACAUUACUGUGAUCUUGCUGAACAAGCUAUCCAAAAUACUGAAUAUGACACUCGAAUUCCAGACGUAUGGGAAACACGAGGUUGUGUCUAUCAUGAACAAAAAGCCUAUAGCCAAGCUGUAGAGGCUUUACAUAAGAGUUUGCAAUUAAAAAUGCAGAUCUUUGAGUAUUGUGAGCAUCAUAUAGAACUUGUCCCUACUUACGAACGCUUGGGUGAUUCCUAUCAAGAUUUGGGGAAGACUGACGAAGCGCUCAAGUUCUUCCAGAAAGAGCUUGAUGCAUUGGUAAAUAAUGAUACAGAUCCCUCAGAAAUUGCAACAACUUAUAACAAAAUAGCCUAUUCACUUCAAGAAGAAGAGCGAUAUGAAGAAGCCCUAGCUGUGCUACAAAAUGCCCUAGAAAUAGAACAAGAAAUAUUCCAACAUGAUGAUGAAGGUCUUCGAAGAACCUACCAGAACAUGACUCAUCUCUACAUUAAAUUGGGAAGGCAACAGGAAGCGGAUAAAAUGUUAAAUCAAUGUAUAGAUCUAGAGUAA